AGUUUCGCCGGAGACACCGUUCACAUCGGACGCAAUAUUUUCCAUUUUUCACGUCACGCCGGAAAAUCUCAACAUCUCGUGGGCACAACAAUUUCAAAUCAAAUUUGUCUUGUUAUUUGUGGUAAAAUCGUUCAGGAGUAAAUUUGUGAUUGGUGUUGGGAAGAUUUGGUAAAAUAGGGUUAAGAACUGGAAGGAAAAAUUGGUGAUUUGUCGAGACAGCAGAGAUUGUUGGGUGAAAGGCAAAUAACCCCAUAAAAGAAGUGUUUUUUGUGUUGAGAUCAAAAGCUCUGGUGUUAGAUGAAAAAUUAUGGUGAACACAUAAAUUCAACCCGGAUUUCUUAAGACGGUCAGUGGGUGAAGACCAUCAAGGACUUUGGCAACCAAAAUAAUCUCUUUGGUUCUUUUGUUUGGAAAGUAAUUCCCAUAAUUGAAUACCCAAAACACUGGAAUAUUAUGGAGAGAUUACAUCAACGAACUGAAGACUGAAUCCUUUGAGCUUAAUAGCACUAAGUUAAAAAUAAAAUAUGCAUUGAAUUAAAAUGGGAUAGUGUUGUGAAGGUGAUAAUGUCAGGACAUCUAGGAAAUAGAACCGGGAUUCCGGAAGAGUACUGGAGCCUGAUUGAGGGUGAAUGGCCCUGUCAACUGAUCAAUGAAACGCAGCCAUUCUUCUGCAAUCUCAGUGAUGAAUAUUGCAUGAAUCGCUACGAAAAUAUCACGUACCUAAACAUUUCAUGCGAAAUUGUACUGGACUAUGGCAUCCCUCUGUAUGGGUACUGCACACCCUUCCUCCUCUUUAUUACGAUGACCGCAAAUCUCCUCAUAGUUAUCGUGCUCAGCCGGAGGAGUAUGGCCACACCAACGAACUCAGUCCUGAUGGCCAUGGCUCUUUGUGAUAUGUUUACGCUUCUGUUUCCUGCGCCGGGACUCAUAUAUAUGUUUACCCUAGGUAAUCACUAUAAACCCCUUUCACCUACGCUUGCGUGCUAUGCUUGGAACGCACUCAACGAGGUGAUUCCCGCCAUGUUUCACACAGCCUCUAUUUGGCUUACAUUAGCGUUAGCGGUUCAAAGAUACAUUUAUGUGUGUCAUGCGCCCGUCGCGCGUACCUGGUGCACGAUGCCCCGCGUAAAGAAAGUGAUCUUCUAUACCUUCGUGGCCGCAAUGCUUCAUCAGAGUACCCGUUUCGUCGAUAGGGAUUUUCAGUUAAGCACCAUCAUAUGGAACAAUCAGACAACGAACGUUUGUCACUUGGAGACAGCACACUGGGUACGGGAAUAUAUUGGUGAGGAUUUCUACUUCACCUCGUACUACCUCUUUCGCAUACUCUUCGUUCACUUACUACCCUGCUGUGCUCUCGUCGCUCUCAAUGUGCUCCUCUUCAAGGCUAUGAAGUCAGCUCAAGAGAAGCGUGAAAAGCUCUUCAGGGAAAACCGCAAGAAGGAGUGCAAGAAGUUGAGGGAUGCCAAUUGUACAACGCUUAUGCUCAUCGUUGUAGUGUCGGUGUUUUUAGUUGUGGAAAUACCAUUGGCCGUUAUCACAGCCCUGCACAUCAUAUCUUCAGCCGUUAUUGAGUUCCUCGACUAUGGGGUAGCCAAUCUCUUUGUGCUGUUCGCCAAUUUCUCCCUUAUCGUCAGCUACCCCAUCAACUUUGCCAUCUACUGUGGCAUGUCCAGGCAAUUCCGGGAAACAUUCAAGGAGAUCUUCAUUAAGCGACCCAUUGGGGCAGCUAAGAAAGACAACUCCUCCAAAUACUCCAUCGUGAAUGGACCUAGAACAUGUACCAAUGAAACGGUUCUUUAGUGGCGCGCCCCACCGGAUAGUCAGCAUGUCAACGGGCGAUGAGCUUUUUCAUCAUGAUGAGCUCCAAAGGCCGCCCAGCAGCUCGACCCAUCCAAGGCAUUUGAGAGGAAAGGAGAAAAGGGAAGGAAGAAAUGUGAAACGACUCAUUGGCGACACUCACAGCACUUUUCUAACGUCUCCGAGGGGAUUCUCUGAUAAUGAAAAUCUCCAAAUUAGCACCCCAAGUAUACCCAAUCCCCCCCCCCCCCCCCCCCCCCCAAAGAAGAGUAUCACCGAGGAGGAGCGUCCUUUUAGGCUAGAACUCUGUGAGAUAUUCUGUGAAUAAUUUGUGCAGUGAAUUUAUCGAAAUAUUAGGACACUGAAAUAAAUUUAAAAGGAAAAAGAGAUCUUUACUAUUUAAGCUUGUGGAAAAAAAUUGUUUGUACAUAAAUACAAAGAAUCACUGUUAAUUUUAAGAAAACCAAAAAAAAAAUAAAUAAAUAAAUAAAAGAAGCAUCGCCAAGACACCAAAAUUGGACAGAAAAUCAACCAAAGAGCCCCAAAAACUGCCCAAUUUAAGUGAACUUGCGAUGAACGUGUGUCGUGUGUUUCGUCACCGAUUAUUUAUUUUGUGAAAAUCAAUUGUAAAAUGAAUUAUUUUUCUAUCAAUUGUUGUGCGGUAGCUCUUGUAAGAAAUGGAAAAAUGUAUAUUUUUUUCUUUUUGUCCCAAUAAAAUUGACUUUUCCAGUACCACAGAAAAA